AAUCCCUUGGCCCAUCCCCUAGAACCCAGGUUACGCAGGGAUGAGGGCCUCAGGCCCUGGAAGCCUAAGAGUUUGGCUCCCCGGGCUGGAACUGGAUCUGGGGUACCCUUCCCACCCCCCGCAGGUGAUGCUGACCCCGCCCAGUGAAUCUUGCCCCAUCGCAAACUUCUGGUCUCCAGUUUGACUGUCCAUUCCCCCAUGGGUCCCUGGUGACCACAAUGUGGUGGCCAGCCAGGCUUCCUGUCACUCUGUCCCUGACUCCCACUGUUAUCUGAUCUACAGCCCCUAGUUUAUACCUCUGGCCACUGCCCACCUGUGUCCUGGUUGCUGUCCCUGGACACUGCUUCUGUCCAUCCCCUCUGAAUGUCACUAUGCCUGUCACUCGGUGCCAUUGCAUGUUUUCUGUUGCUUGGGACCAGCUUUACACAAUCCCAUGUCUGCCUGUCACCCACGUCACCGUCACAGCGACAGGCAGAUCCUGUAACCGCAGUUCUGGGCGCAGUGAGAGCGCACGGUGGCCCCGCUGCCCAUCCACCCUCACUCAGCAGGCAAAGGGUUUCAUUCAUUCAGCGGCUGUCACUAAGUCCCUGCUGGCAGUGGCGCGACUGGGAGCUGGUGGCAAACACGAGGACAAGCCCCUGGCCUUGGGAGCCCUCUGCUCUAGGGCCGGAGACUGGACCUCCAGCACCCGUUCUCUCCACAGCCUUAGCUGGUGGCUCUAACCCGGGCAGGACCGCCCCUCUGCCCGCCCUGCUCUGGGCAGCUCCCUCCUCCCUGCUUCCAGAAGCCACCUGGGCCCUCUUUGAGAGGGUGGCGAAUUUCCCACGGUGACCUAUGAGCUCACCAGGGCCUGAGCCUGGCCCUCAAGGGCCCCUAGACAAAGGUGCAUGAGUCACAGUAUGCCUCUGAUUCUCUAACUCUCUAAGUCUCCUCCUCCCUAGUCUGCCCUCCUCAGGCAGGGUCUGCGAGCCACGGGGGUUCCUACUGCUGGAGAGGAGUGGGGAGGGGAGAGGAGCUCACACCAUGCUCAGGUCACUAGGAAAGAGAAGUUCAGAGAGAAGUGACUUCUGGGUCUAUUGGGCAAAGCAGCAGCAAGAAGCAAAAGUUGCAGCAGGUGGGACUUAGGUUAGAUGGAGAAAGAACUUCCAUGGACGAAGGAAGGAGCAAAACUCCCACAGAGGUUUCUGAAGGCGUGUUACAGGGAAGCCUAGGGGAGCUGAGAGUCAUCUGCGAUGUAACAAGAUCGAGAGCCCCUUCCUUCCCCAGAUACCUCUCAUUCCAUGCUGCUCUCCUACGCACACUCAGAACCACAGGGCACUGCAGGAGCUAAGGGAGCGAAGUCACUGUUUGCAGAGCCUGUGGCUGUUCAUAGGGCCUGUUUGUAUUGAGAGUUCAGCUCUGUUUCAAGAAUUUAAGAGUGCCUAUGCUUGAUUCACCCAGCCCUCUCAGGUUAGCUAAGCCUGUUGCUUGCUCCAGACUCCAUCACAGUCUUCAGAGACCAUGCUUGUGUGCAGUCUGUUCUGAGUUCGCAGAAACUUCCUCUUGUCUGUUUCUCUCUGAGCCUGUGUCUAGAGGCUCUUUUCAGAGUCUUUUUUUCAGAACUUGUCUUUUUUUUUUUACGAUGUUAUUUAUUUGAUAGAAAGAAAGAGGGGGAGCAGGGAGAAGAGGGACAAGCAGACUCCCUGCUUAGCGGGGGAGCUGGACGUGGGGCUCGAUCCCAGGACCCUGAGAUCGUGACCUGAGCCGAAGGCAGACGCUUAACCAACUGAGCCACCCAGGCGCCCUCAGAACCGUCUUUUUAAAUGGUCUGUCCCUAUUUCCCUGUGUAUUAGAUUUGCUUUUAUGGCAGAAGCUGCCCUGCGUGUAGAACCUAUCCCUGUCUCCAGAGUUUGUCUGUGUCCUUGUCUGGGAUACCUCUUUCUGCCUAAAGACACUGUUCCUGUUUGCAAAGCUUUGUUUAUAGUACCUGUCCCUAUCCCUAUCAGCAGACCCUGUUUCCUCUGCAGUAAGUGUCUGUCUCAUUUCGAGAGCCUGCUUGCAGAGCCUUUCCCUGGCUGCCAAAUCUGUUCUUUUACUAGCAGAACCUUUGCCUGUCUGCAGAACCUGUCACUCUCCAGUGGCCAUCCCGGGCUGCAGAUCUUUGUCUGCAUAGCCUGUUUCUAACUCCCUCUUUGCAGAGGUCCCUAUGUUCAAAAACCAUCCCUGCCCACAGAGCUGGGCCCUGUUUCAAGAGCACAACCACAGACAACAAACCAGGUCCCUGUUUGCAAAGCCUCUGUGCCGACGUCUGCAGUACCUGGCCUGGUUUGCUAGCAUCUGGGUAUGUAUGGAGCCCUCCUAGUGAAAGGCAUAUUCUAUGAUGACAGUGCUUUGGAGAGCUGCAGCUGGGGAGAGUUCUUGCUUGGAGCCCAGAGCACAGGUGGCCGGGGCCUGAGAACUCUGGCUCUUGUUUGUUGUUUCCUCCCUCAUUCCCACCUGGCCUAGGAUGGACAUCGGCAAGGGCCUCCCAGCCACUGAGAGCCACAGGGACCUCCACAUAUGGAUCAUUGAGAACCUGAGGAUGGUGCCAGUCCCCGAGAGGGCUUAUGGGAACUUCUUCGAGGAUCACUGCUACAUUGUCCUCCACGUUCCCCAGAGCCUGAAGGCCGUGAAGGGGGCGCCCAGCGACCUGCACUACUGGGUCGGGAAGGAGGCGGGCGUGGAGGCUCAGGGCGCGGCAGGCGCCUUCGUGCAGCACAUGCAGGAGGCACUGGGCGCCACCACCGUGCAGCACCGGGAGGCGCAGGGCCACGAGUCCGACUGCUUCCGCAGCUACUUCCGCAGGGGCAUCAUCUAUAGGCAAGGAGGACUGGCCUCUGCCCUCAGGCAUGUGGAGACCAACGUGUACAACAUCCAGCGACUGCUGCGCAUCCAAGGGAGGAAGCACGUGUCAGCCACCGAGGUGGAGCUCUCUUGGAACAGCUUUAAUAAGGGUGACAUCUUCCUGCUGGACCUGGGCAAGGUGAUGAUCCAGUGGAAUGGGCCCGAGGCCAGCAUUUCUGAGAAGGCACGGGGCCUGGCCCUGACCUGCAGCCUUCAGGACAGGGAGCGCGGUGGUCGUGCCCAGAUUGGUGUGGUGGAUGACGAGGUCGAAGCCACUGACCUCAUGCAGGUCAUGGAAGCUGUGCUGGGCUGCAGAGUGGGCAACCUGCAUGCCACCAUGCCCACCAAGAGUAUUAGCCAGCUGCAGAAGGCCAGUGUCCGCCUCUACCACGUUUGUGAGAAGGAUGAGGACUUAGUGAUCCAGGAGUUGGCGACCUGCCCACUAACCCAAGACCUACUGCAGGAGGAGGACUACUACAUCCUGGACCAGGGUGGUUCCAAGAUCUACGUGUGGCAGGGACGCAUGUCCGGCCUCCAAGAGAAAAAGGCUGCCUUCAGCAGAGCUCUGGCCUUCAUCCAGGCCAAAGGCUAUCCGACCUACACCAACGUGGAGGUGGUGAACGACGGCGCCGAGUCCGCCGCAUUCAAACAGCUCUUCCAGACUUGGUCUACGAACCAGCGAAGGAACAAGAACCUCGACGGGAUGAGUAAAUUGAUUCGGGUAAGGCCGGAUGUGGGCAAGCUGCACAGUCAGCCUGAACUAGCGGCCCAGCUCAGGAUGGUGGACGACGCCUCCGGGAAGGUGGAGGUGUGGUGCAUCCAGGACUUACGCAGACAGCCCGUGGACCCCAAGCAUCACGGACAGUUGUACGCGGGCAGCUGCUACCUGGUCCUCUACACAUACCAGAAGAUGGGCCGCGUCCAGUACCUCCUGUAUCUGUGGCAGGGCCACCAGGCCACCACACGUGAGAUCAGCACCCUGAACUGCCACGCCGAGCAGCUGGACCUCAUGUACCGUGGAGCCCUGGUGCGGGAACACGUGACCAUGGGUAGCGAGCCCCCUCACUUCCUCGCCAUCCUCCAGGGCCAGCUGGUGGUCUUCCAGGGGCACGCGGGGCACGAUGGGAAGGGGCAGCCAGCACCUGCCACGAGGCUCUUCCAUGUGCAAGGCACAGACAGCUACAACACCAAGACCGUGGAGGUGACGGCCCGUGCCUCAGCUCUCCGCUCCACUGACAUCUUCUUGCUGGUCACAGCUGGCCCCUGCUACCUCUGGUUUGGAAAGGGCUGCAGCGGUGACCAGCGUGAGAUGGCGCGGACGGUGGUCACUGCCAUUUCUGGGGAGAACAAGGAAACGGUGCUGGAGGGUCAGGAGCCUCCCCACUUCUGGGAGGCCCUGGGAGGCCGAGCUCCCUACCCCAGCAACAAGAGGCUUCCCGAGGACGUCUCCAGCUUCCAGCCACGGCUGUUUGAGUGCUCCAGCCAGAUGGGCCACCUGGUCCUCACAGAAGUGGUGUUCUUUAGCCAAGAGGACCUGGACAAGUAUGACAUCAUGUUACUGGACACCUGGCAGGAGAUCUUCCUGUGGCUCGGGGAAGCUGCCAGUGAGUGGAAGGAGGCGGUGGCCUGGGGCCGUGAGUACCUGAAGACGCACCCCGCAACGAGGAGCCCUGCCACGCCCAUCGUGGUGAUCAAGCAGGGCCACGAGCCUCCCACCUUCACUGGAUGGUUCCUCACCUGGGACCCUUACAAGUGGACUAACAACCAGUCCUAUGAGGAGGUGGUGGAUGGCACCCUGGGAGCAAAACCUGCCAUAGUUAUAACAGCAGAACUGGACAACUUGCAGCUCUCUAGAGGGCCAAGCAAUGGCAGCGCAGGCCCCUUGACCCCGCGGGCCCUCAAGGGCUCCCAGGAGGGCUCAGGGAACGAGCUGCAGCUAGGGCCCAAGGCCGGGGGCACCAGCACCGGCAGCUUCCACAGCAGCCCCAGACCCCCCACCAGUGGGAGCCUGCCCCGCGAACAGCUAAUGCACCAGGCUGCCGAGGACCUGCCAGAGGGCGUUGACCCAGCCCACAAGGAGUUCUAUCUCUCCGACUCUGACUUCCAAGAUAUCUUUGGGAAAUCCAAGGAAGAAUUCUAUAGCAUGGCCAAGUGGAGGCAGCAGCAGGAGAAAAAGCAGUUUGGCUUGUUCUGACCCCAGGCCCUGCCCCUGCCAGUGCCACCCACAUAGCCAGGACCCCCACGCGUACCUUCCCAACACAUACCUGAGCCCGCCGGGAGACCCCGCUGGCAAAGCCUAGCUGGAGACUCCCAGGUCAACCCCUCCACCCCGGUCAAUAAAAGCUGGUGGCCCUCACGAGGUGUGGUGUGUGGGCUUUCAAGUCUGGGUCACUCAGUUGGUCCAGCUCUGGGGGGAAGGGGCCUCUGGGACUG